ACGUCUUCAAAGUUCAAACGUAAAACCCAUCUUCUUCUUUGCGUAACUCUCACACUUUCUCUCUCUAUAACAAAAAAGAGGAGACAAAAGUCUGCCAGUCUGGUGAGAAAGGGCCUUCAUCUCCUUCAUCUACCACGUUCUUCUCCCCUGUAUUCCAUUCACCUCUUCGCUUGAUUGCGGCUUUGCAAGGCGGCUCGAUUCGCCCUAAACGCCGCAGCACAGAUUAAAACCGAUCGGGAAAUGGGGACGAAGGCGGCGCUGAUCUAUGCGUUCGUGGCGCGCGGGAACGUGAUACUGGCGGAGCACACCGACUUCAGCGGUAACUUCAACACCAUAGCCUUUCAAUGCCUCCAGAAGCUUCCGGCAUCCAACAACAAGUUCACCUACAACUGCGAUAACCACACCUUCAACUACCUUGUGGAUGACGGUUUCACUUAUUGUGUGGUUGCUGAAGAAUCAUCUGGCCGACAGAUUCCUAUGGCAUAUCUAGAGCGUAUUAAGGAAGAUUUUGUGAAAAAAUAUGGUGGUGGAAAGGCUGCAACUGCUCCUCCUAAUAGCCUUACCAAGGAAUUUGGGUCUAAGUUGAAGGAGCAUAUGAAAUACUGUGUUGAGCAUCCAGAUGAGAUCAGCAAAAUUGCUAAGGUUAAAGCUCAAGUUUCUGAAGUCAAAGGUGUCAUGAUGGAAAAUAUUGAGAAGGUUCUGGACCGUGGGGAAAAGAUUGAGCUUCUUGUGGACAAGACUGAGAAUCUUCAUAAGCAGGCACAAGAUUUUAAAACCACUGGCACGAAAAUCCGGCGAAAGAUGUGGCUGCAAAACAUGAAGGUGAAGCUGAUAGUAUUGAGCAUUGUGAUUGCCUUGAUCCUCAUCAUUGUUCUUUCGGUUUGCCAUGGCUUCAACUGUGGGAAGUGAUCAUGUCUUUUGUGGGGUACGAUAUACUAGUAGAAGGUACAAUAUCGUCUUGCUGUUUAUGAUUUCGAACUCACUUUUUUUUUUAAAGGAAGAAGACUGUAGCACUCUGUAUGUAUUAUUUUAAGGGGUGCAGAAAUUCUUUGUUUUGUGGUCCAAACUGAUCUUACUUCUUCAAUCUUAUCUACAUAGUUUUCUGGCACCAGACAAUGGUUGGUAAUUGUAUACUUUUACCUUGACUCAGGUAAGGUCGUGUACAUCUAAUCCUCCCGUUGAUGGUUUGCCUUUGAUUUACUUUUAUCGUGAUUGUUUUCUUGUCUUAUUUUGUUUUUCCU